CCGCCCCGGGGCGUCGUGCCGGAUCCUGUCCGGUCUGGACACGCAGCGUCCUAUCCGCUCGCUCCUUGCACCCUCCGCGAGCCGGGGCACUUGACGGUGCUCCCUGCACAGCCAUGGCUCAGCACUUCUCCCUGGUCAACUGCGACGUGGUCGGCUUCGACCUGGACCACACUCUGUGUCGCUACAACCUGCCCGAGAGCGCCGCGCUCAUUUAUAAUAGCUUUGCUCAGUUUCUGGUCAAGGAGAGAGGGUAUGACAAGGAAUUGCUCACUGUUGCUCCAGAGGAUUGGGAUUUCUGUUGCAAAGGCUUGGCAUUGGAUCUGGAAGGUGGGAACUUCAUUAAACUUGCAGAUAAUGGCACUGUGCUCAGGGCAAGCCACGGCACCAAGAUGAUGGCUCCAGAGGCACUGGCAGAGGAGUAUGGUGGGAAGGAGUGGAAGCACUUCACGCCGGACACGGGAUGGUCGUGCCGAUCAGGAAAAUGUUAUUUUUAUGAUAACUACUUUGACCUGCCAGGAGCUCUUCUAUGUGCCAGAGUGGUGGACUCUUUAACAAAGCAGAACAAUGGUCAAAAAACAUUUGAUUUUUGGAAGGAUAUAGCUGCUGGUAUACAACACAAUUAUAGAAUGUCAGCUUUUAAGGAAAAUUGUGGAAUAUAUUUUCCAGAAGUAAAAAGAGAUCCAGGCAGAUAUUUACACAGUUGUCCUGAAUCUGUAAAAAAGUGGCUUCGACGGCUAAAGAAUGCUGGGAAAAUUCUUUUGUUAAUUACCAGUUCUCACAGUGAUUACUGUAGACUUCUCUGCGAACAUAUCCUUGGGAAUGAUUUUGCAGAUCUUUUUGACAUUGUGAUUACAAAUGCAUUGAAGCCUGGUUUCUUCUCCCAGUCGCCAAGUCAGAGGCCUUUCCGGACACUCGAGAAUGACGAGGAGCAGGAGGCACUGCCAUCUCUGGAUAAGCCUGGCUGGUACUCCCAAGGGAACGCUGUCCACCUUAAUGAACUUCUGAAGAAAAUGACUGGCAAAGCUGAACCCAAGGUGGUUUAUUUUGGUGACAGCAUGCAUUCAGAUAUUUUCCCAGCCCGACAUUAUAGUAACUGGGAGACAGUCCUCAUCCUGGAAGAGCUCAGAGGGGACAGAGAUGGGAAGCCUGAGGAAUCAGAGCCUCUAGAGAAGAAAGGAAAAUAUGAGGGACCAAAGGCAAAGCCUUUAAAUACAUUAUCUAAGAAAUGGGGCUCUUUUUUAAUUGAUUCAAUUUCCGGACUGGAAAAUACAGAAGACUCCUUGGUUUACACAUGGACUUGUAAGAGAAUCAGUACUUACAGCACUAUUGCCAUUCCAAGUAUUGAAACAAUAGCAGAAUUACCCCUGGACUACAAAUUUACCAGGUUCUCUUCAAACAGUUCAAAAACGGCUGGCUACUAUCCACACCCUCCAUUGGUCUUAUCAAAUAAUGAGACACAGACAACCAAAUAAAUUAUCUUUACUGAAAAAUGCAGUGAAGAACUAUAUAUGCAGCAAAUGUACUGUAAAAAUGUUAAUUUUCAAAAAAUACUGUAAAAUGCUUUAUAGGAACAAAUUCUUAAUGAAAAUUGACCAAAAAGUUGAUAUGUUUUUCCAUAGGUCUCCUUUCCAUAUUGAUCAUCUUGAUGCCCAACAACUCUCAUAAUAUUAAAAUCGGAGUAUCUCAGAACUAAAAAGAACCUUAUUCAUAUCUUCUAUACCAAUAGUUCUGAGAUUAGAAUUCGUCUGGGGAGAUAUACUUAUAUACAUACACACACACAUUUACACAUAUGCCUAGACAGUGGUUCUCAAAGUUUGGUCCCCAAACCACUACCAUAGCCAUCACCUGAAAACUUGAUUGAAAUGCAGACCCCAGCCCAGACCUACAGAAUCAGAAACUCUGGGAAUGGGACCCAAGCAAUCUGUGUUUAAUAUUAGUGUGAUUCACACUAAAGUUAGAGAACCACUGGCUAGACCAUAACCUCCAGAAAUUGGUUUAACUGGUCUGGAGAUAUAGAUGAGCAUUGACAUCUUUUAUAUGCCCCAGGAAAAUGCAGCCAGAAUUGAGAACAACUGAUCUACACCUAUUCCUUCAAUUUAUAGGCAAGAACACUGGGUCCAGUGACAUUAAACAAUUUUUCCAAGCUAUCCCGUUAUUUAUGCUAUUCUUGUGUUUCCAAAACGAGGAAAUAGAGACGUGAUUUCUUCUAAGACCACACAGCCAGUAUGGGACAGAGAUGAUACGAGAAGCCAACUAUUUCAACCUCCAGCGUUACCCAUUAGGGUUUUUCCCCCCCUGAUAAUGUUAAAGGCUGUUUCAUUCAUUUUCAUUCACUAUAACGCAUCUAUUCUCAAUGGGGCAAAAAUUGGUUCUUAGGGUGAAAAAAAUCUUAGAUAAUGCAAUGGAUUGUGGCCUUCCAAAGCUCAAACAUACCCAAUAAAAUCUUAUUCCUUAGUAUUAA